GACUGCGUAGAAUCAUGUCCUAUACAUGGCGGGGAUCCGCGUAUUUGUCUCCUGAAGAUUCAAGAAGAAACCCAAAACGCAGACGCAGAGAAAGAGAUUUGGUCGGCAGCGAAGCUGAUUCCAAUAUUCUUUGCCUUGCCUCCCAAACAACACUGAUUUCUGCGCGGAAUCGCGAACUCUGAUCCGCGAUAACAUGAGGAAUCACUCGAUCGGCGGUGAUCACAGCGCUGUGGAUAAGAGCAAGACUCCCUCUCCUCACGGUGGCAGGGGCGCUCUCCCUUCUGCCGGCGGCCACCCUUCCGAUCUUGUCUUCCUUGCUGGCGGCGGCAGAGGAGGAGUAGCUUCUCGAGCUCCGGCUUCCUCCUGAACAGAUAUAUCAAAUACUCAUAGUUACCGAUACUCUGUAUAUACAUAUAGGUUAAGGUGUUAUUAUAGCGAAAUCGAUCUGGUCAUUGAUAGAUAGGAGAUAGAGAGAGAUGCUGACGAUCAGGAGGGUUGCUACUGUCGUCUCCAAUUACCAGGAGGACGGCACCUCGGAGAAGGUUAUUCGAGGAGAGGCUAAAGGUUGCGGGCGCAACUGCCUCGGAAGGUGUUGCCUUCCUGCAUCGAGGCUUCCUUUGUAUGCUUUUAAGAAGGAUGGAGGACUUCCAGUCGUAGAGACGAUCACCUGUGCAGAACAUCCUCCGAUGUCAUUCUUGCUCAGUAUGUUGCUUGGACAGUGGGAAGAUAGGAAGGACCGUGGGCUAUUUCGUUACGAUGUGACUACCUGUGAGACAAAGAUUAUCCCUGGAAAGUAUGGAUUCAUAGCACAGCUCAAUGAGGGACGCCUCCUGAAGAAAAGGCCCACCGAGUUUCGAGUGGAUCAAGUUUUGCAGCCCUUUGAUGAGAAUAAGUUCAACUUCACCAAAGUCGGACAAGACGAAGUGCUCUUUGCGUUUGAACAGAGCUAUGACUUGCACAGUCGCUACUUUCCCAGUGUGCCGGUCACUUCUGUGUCGAGCUCCCCCAAUGUUGUUGCAAUCAAUGUGAGUCCGAUCGAGUAUGGGCAUGUACUCCUCAUUCCUCGUAUUCUCGACCACCUGCCUCAGAGGAUUGAUCAUGAGAGCUUAUUGCUCGCUCUUCGUUUGGCCGAAGAGGUAGCAGACCCCUUCUUUAGAGUCGGGUACAACAGUCUCGGUGCAUUCGCCACUAUCAAUCACCUUCACUUUCAGGCAUAUUACUCGGCAGCAACUUUCCCUGCGGAGAAGGCUCCAACUGAGCCAAUAGUAAUUACACGAACACCUGGUGGCCUGCAAGAACGAGGAAUCACUGUUUCAAAGCUUUUGGGGUAUCCAGUUCGCAGCCUUGAGCUCGAGGGGGGGGAUUCGAUGCAGGAGCUGUGCAAUGUGGUGGUCAGUUCCUGCAUAUGCCUGCAGAACAACAACAUUCCCUUCAAUUUGCUCAUAUCGGACUGCGGAAAAAGAGUUUUCCUGUUUCCGCAGUGCUAUGCAGAGAAACAGGCGUUCGGUGAGGUGAGCCCGGAACUUCUGAACACUCAGGUGAACCCUGCAGUGUGGGAGAUAAGUGGCCACAUGGUGCUGAAGAGGUGGGUGGAUUACGAUAAUGCAUCGGAGGCAUACGCAUGGAGACUGCUCGUUGAGGUCUCCCUAUCAGAGCAGAGGUUUCAAGAGGUGAAGGAUUAUAUCCUGGAAGCUUUGGGCGUGCAAGAAGAAAUGGGUCUCAAGUACGAUGAAGCCAUUUCUGAGUCACCUGCCACGGAAACCCGCUACAUACUUCAUGACUGUCCGGUUGAGCAGUGAAACAUGGGAUUUAUUUGCUUCAAAUUUGGAUAGAUUAAUAGUGCGAUCUAGAACUCAGAUGUUUCGCCGACCAAAAAAUACACGACUUAUAAGGGCCGAUCGGUUUCUAUUCCCCCACCCCCGGAUAGCCUUGGUUCUCGAUUCCGGGUAUCUGUAGCAUUUGAACUUGUUGGUUUAUGAAUGUUCUAUUCUAUUAAACACUGUGGAAACAAAGAAGUUUCCUUUUUCCCA